CCACAUAAUACGGCGUCAUUUCAUUCGGCCGGUCGGUGCGAAGGUACCUCUGGAACUGGAAGGGUUUAUCAUUUCAAGGUUAAACCCCGAAAACCUAAUCUCCUUCUGCUUCUUCUUACACAGCAAGGCAGAUGCUUUUUCUUCAUAGCUCUGCUCCGAUGCUCCAUUUCUACAAGCUCUCAUCGUCGCCAAAGCUCCUCUUUCCUCAAUUGAGAAGAACUUUUUCGGUUCUCUCAUCCCCUUCACUAUCCUCUUCGUUUCCCAAGUCAUCGACUUCGCUUCGGGUUCAUCUGUUUUGCCUCGCCCAAUCCAACGACGGAGGAGUUCGGAGCUUCGCUACAGCAGCCGCCGUCGCCACCACCGCGGAUCGUGGCGGCGGCGAGACGUUCUUCGCCGAGGAAGGCGUUUCGUGGACUGCUCUCGGCUUGUCGGACACAAUCUCUCAAGCUCUAUCGAAUGCCGGAUUCACCAGGCCGUCCCUCGUUCAGGCCGAGUCCAUCCCAUCGAUUCUUUCCGGGAAGGAUUCGAUCAUUGCGGCGGAGACUGGCAGUGGGAAAACGCAUUCCUAUCUAGUUCCUCUGAUUCACAAGCUUUCCGCUUCCAUUGGCGGCUCUGUUUGUGAUUCUGCUUCUGAUAAAGGUUUCAAACCUUCCCGUGAAGUUUCGCUUGUUCUUUGCCCCAACGUGCUGCUAUGCGAGCAAGUGGUUCGAAUGGCGAAUGGUCUUUGUGAUGAGAAUGGCGACCCACUUAUCAAAGUCGCAGCAGUUUGUGGGAGACAGGGAUGGCCAGUAUAUCAACCAGACGUCCUUGUAUCGACUCCAGCUGCACUUCUGAACAACAUUGAACCAAAGAAACAGAGAAAGAUGAGUUUCCUUCGUGGAGUCAAAUAUGUGGUGUUUGAUGAAGCAGACAUGCUUCUCUGUGGCAGUUUCCAGAAUCAAGUGAUCCGUCUCAUAAACAUGUUUCGUCACGAUGAGAAGCUUCUUUCCUGGACAAGUCAAUCCACAGCUGAUAAUGCUUCUGAAGUAGACUUGGAGACUCUGCCUCAGGAUGCCUUGGAACAGGAUGAAGAAUCGCCAAACGAUGCAUCUCAAGAUGACGAUGAAGAGAUCGAAAGUCUUUCUGAAGAGGAAGAGUUAGAAGAGGGAAAUGAAGAUGGUGUUUCAGUUCAGAAAAAGGGUUGGAGAAGAGUUCUAAAACCUUACGACCGUAGCAAGCAGUAUAUCUUUGUGGCAGCUACACUCCCAGCUAAUGGGAAGAGAACUGCUGGUGCAGUGCUGAAACGGAUGUUCCCAGAUGCUAGAUGGGUGAAUGGAAACUACCUUCACCGCCAUAACCCCAGAUUAGAGCGGAAGUGGUUUGAGGUAACCGUAGAUAGCCAGGUGGAUGCACUUAUAGAGGCUGUGAAACAUGGAGUUGAAUCCGAAACGUCUGACAGUAAUGAUGUUAGUCGAACUAUGGUGUUUGCAAAUACCGUUGAGGCUGUUGAAGCAGUAGCGAAGAUACUGGAAAGAGCUGGAAUUGAGUGUUACAGAUACCAUAAGGACGCCUCUUUAGAAGAACGUGCUGGGAUGUUGGAUGAUUUCAGGGAGAAAGGUGGAAUUUUUGUGUGCACUGAUGCUGCUGCUCGUGGGGUCGACAUUCCAAAUAUCUCGCAUGUUAUUCAGGCAGACUUUGCAACAUCAGCUGUAGAUUUCUUGCAUAGGGUUGGCCGCACAGGUCGAGCUGGUCAACACGGGGUUGUUACUAGCCUGUACACUGAGUCCAAUCGAGAUCUUGUUUCUGCAAUUCGUGAAGCGGAGAAACUGGGACGCCCAGUGGAGACUGCUUUUAGCAGGAAAAGAGGCUUCAGGAACAAACUCAAGAAGAGAAGCAAACUUCAAUUCGCGUCGCAGUGAGCUUCUAAUGCAUGGAAAGGAAACAUCAGAUUGCAACCAUGAGGUACUUAUAUAAAGGUGUUAGCCUGAUUCUCAAAUCAUUAGCAGGUACACUGGAACAUGACGAACUGCUGAAUUGGCUGCUCCCUAGAAGGAAAUGUGGGCAUUUGACUCUUCUGUCAUCUUUUUUCAUUUCCUUCCCAUCGUCGCCGUGUAAAUUUAUUGUAUCCUUGUAUGAUUUGAAUGGUCACUACACGAAAGCAGUUUCCUAACAAAGUUGUUGAUUUCUCGGUCCGAUUCACCUCCUUCGCUCACCGCCUCCACAGCCAUCUGCUUCCAUUUCCUUGCAGCUACCUUAAUCUCCAGGCUUCUACUCCCCUCCAUCAUCACUUCCUUCAAGCACCUAGCAACUUCCUCCCUUCUAACAACCCCCGUCUCGUCUUCCUUCACUCUAACACCAAUCUUCCAAAUCUCUUCCACGUACUUGGCAUUGGUGACCUGAUCACUCCACUGCGGCAUAGCCACCAUCGGCACACCCAGGCUCAGCCCUUCAAGGGUCGAGUUCCAGCCGCAAUGUGUGACGAAGCAGCCUGUGGCCUUGUGUGCCAACAGCUCUAGCUGGUUGCACCAUGGCACUAUUAGACCCUUUGAAGCAUUCAACUCCCUGAACCGAGCUGGGAGCUUGCUGUGCUCUGAAGCCCUCACCACCCACAGGAACUGAAUGCCUGUUUCCUCCAACGCCGCUGCAAUCUCUCCCAUCUGCUCUUCUGUCAAAUUCACCAUGCUGCCGAAGGAAAUGUAUGCUACUGAUCUGGGUUCCUUGUUCUCCAGCCAUUUUAGGCACUCGUCACUGAGUGGUUUCCAGAGACUCGCUCCAUAUCCUUUGUCACCGGCAAUCCGGCCGUCUAAGUAGGACGAAGGAACCAUCGGGCCAAUCAGUCUCGCCGGCCAAUGCCCUUUUACACUUCCUGCCUCCUUGCUUUCCAAUUGCUGAAAUGUGUUGCAGAAAACCCAAUCGACCUCGUCCAAGUUCGAAUACUGACACAGCACCAUCGCCAAGUAGGCCGGGUUGCUCUCCGGAAACCUGACGAAAGUCGGCAAAUCAACACGACCCAGCUUAGGCAACCCAGGGACAGCCACCCCAUCCUCCUCGGACGCCAACGGCAGCUUGAUCACGCCGCGGCUGACGCGGCAGAACACGCCGCAGACGGUGGCCGAGUUCGUGAAGAACGCGGCUCCAUAAAUGCGGUGUCCCCUGGCAACGUCAAGCGCCCAGGGCAGGAAAGAAUCGUAGACGAUGCAAGUGACAGGGGAGUCGGUCCUCUCGUGCCUCGCCACGAGCUCGGACAGGGUUCUGGUGCCGUGGGUCUCGAACGACUGGAGGAACGUCCGCUCGUCUCGAGCCUGAACGAACCCUCCGGCAUCGAAACCGUCGGAGAUUGGCUCGACGGCGACGGCGACGGCGGGUGAGGCGGUGAUGGAGCCGACGGUGUAGUGGGUGGUGGCCAUUGUGGCUUUGACGCCUUUGGAAGAGAGGCGUUUGGCGAAUUGGAGGAGUGGGUUGAUGUGGCCCUGGCUUGGGUAUGGAAGGAGCACAACGUGUGCUUUUCUCUGCGGCGCUACUUCUCCCAUUUUGCGCUCAGCUUUCUUCAGGGGGAAGGGUUGCUUCCUGUUCAUGGUGGUUUUGGAGAUGGAAUUCAGGCGGGUUUUUAUAAAGGUUUGAGGAAAGCGAGAGAAUGCUGCACCAUUUCCCUCUUCUUCUCUCGAUUGUCACGUGUCACGAUUAUAAUGACAAACUCAAUCUGGAGAAAGCUUCUGCCGUUUUUGGAAUGAAAAA